CACGCUGGGCGCCAUUUCUCCGUAUAAACAACGGCCGGGAAGGUGUUUGUGUGUGUCUUUGUAAAAUUUGUGGAAAUUUUGUGAAAACAGACAAUUAAAAUGUCGGAAGUCGAUGCAGUGAGCGCUAACAAUGCCGUCGCGGAGGAAAACACUUCAAACGACAAAGCAACAAAGUCGAGGAAGUCAAAGUCACCUCGAAUAUCCACAAUUGACAGGACUCGAGAAGAAAGCGAAGCGAUUACUAAGGGUAUCACUGGAGACGUAGAAGGACGCCGCCUCACCCGUUCAGCGGCCAAAGGAGUAACGGCAACGCCGCCGCCUCCGGCUAAAAAAGAACGUAAAAGCACACCGGCCAAAGGCCGCGGCCGCCCAAAGAAGGGUUCACAGAACACUACGGACGAAAGCGAUUCGCACGACGAAAGCAAAGAUGUCACCAUGACCGAGAACGAGGCCAAAACCGAAGACGCCAAGAAAGAUGCUCAGCCAGUAGAAAAUAAUACGCACGAGGAGAAAGAAGAAUUGGCAAACAACAACGCCGAAGCGUCUUCUAAAGAAGAAGAGGCCACGGAAAACGGAGCAAAGGAAGAUAGUGUGGACGCUUCGAGCUCUGGAGACGAUAAAAAGGAGAAGAGUGAGGAUACGACGGAAGACGACGCGGCCAGACCCGCGGCGGAGGCGGCGGACAAGCCAGCUGAGUAAAACCAAGUUGAAAUUUGUUUCCGUUUCUAAUUGCGCUGUAGGUUAUUGAACAAUUGAAUAAUUGUAAUUUUACCUAAUAUAAACAAAUUAUUUUAAAGUUAA